AUGGCGGAUCGGAGGCGAAUAACGUUCACCUACGGCGGUCGUGGCGGCGGCGUGGGAGGCGGCGAACAGAUUGAGAGUUCGGGUCCUCGUCAUGCAGUAUCAAGACGUUUGCAUGCGUCUAUUAGGAGGGAGUUGGGUCGUUCGCGAGGUCGUCUUACACAGGAGCAUUUGGAGCUGAUUGACGGCAGUGGUCUGUCUCACUUACCAGGGAUCAUGUUUAGGCGUUUUAAUUGGCUGUUGAUUUAUGCGUUUGUUGAGAGAUGGCAGCCAGAUACGAACACCUUUCAUAUGCCAUUUGGGAAGAUCACGAUCAUGCUGCACAAUGUGUACCAUAUUCUUGGGCUUCGUGUUGAUGGUUCCAUGGUUUCCAUUACUCCUAGCACGGACGUUAUAUGGGACGCGUACCAGGUUACCCUGGACAUGACUGCGGGAGAGCAUUACGAGAAGUGCGGUACGAAGACCAUUUGGCAGGGUAGUGGGGUGCUGACCGAGAGGAUUAUGGACUCGACCUUGGAGGAGCAGAGGCCCUACAGUGUCCAUUACAGUGCCUACAUGUGGUUAGUACUAGGCGGAUGUCUGUUUUUGGACAAGAGUGGUAACCGCACUCAUCCUUCCUUCCUCAACGAGCUUGUUGUUGAGGAGCUGCAGAUUAGUGACUACACUUGGGGUUUAGCUGCUCUGGCAUAUUUGUAUCGCCAGUUGGGUACGGCAUCAAGAAAAGAUGCCGAUUCAAUCGCUGGUUGUCUCACGCUUCUGCAGGCGUGGAUCUACGAGUACUUUCCGUGCUUCCGGCCUCAGCAGGGUACCUUGACAAGGGAGCUUAGUAUUCCUCAUGCGUGUGCUUGGGAUGUGGGAUUGGGAUGCCUGAACAAGAGCAUGGAGCGCCUCCUCGCUUUUCGUGCUCGAUUGGAUAAGCUGACCGAUAAUGAGGUUAACUGGCUACCGUACGGAGUUGAUCCCGCUCGACGCGUGCCAGCCACUCUAUUCAUUGGCUGCAUCCAGUACUGGAGCAUCAUUGAGCCAUACAUGCCUGAUCGAGUGGUCCUACAGCUUGAAUUCGUGCAGGAGAUUCCGCGGACCAUUAUCAGGCCUGAGAAGGCCAAGAGACCGACGAACCUGAAGAUGUAUCGGGUUGACUUUCCGACCGAGAUGACAUCUUGGUUGUACCAAUUUUCUCAUCCUCGUCUUUCUCCUGGUGGGUCAUCAGAUUGGAGUAGCAGACUUCCCGAGAGGACUAACACGGACUAUUGGAUGGGUCGGUCCUUGGAGAUUCACCGGAGAUCACUGGAUGAGUAUCCCAGCAUGACGCGUGAAACGAGGGCAAUGACCGAGCAGCUGAUAGCUGACUGGAAGACGAUGAUGGGGUUGUGA